AUGCAAUGCAAUGCAAUGUGGGUAGCUAGCCAGCGUUAGAUUAUGUUUAACGCAGCUAGUUCCUUGAUGAAUGGAUCGUGCAUUUAGCUAAAAUUUCCAAAGCUAAUAGGACGGUGUUUUCUUUCGUGUUUCAGGUUCAGUUAUUGUUAGGGACCUAGCUAUGACAAUGCCGCUAUCUACAUGGGUCCAUUAAAUGUCCAGUUGUUUGCAAUAUUUUCUCAAAAUCGAUGUGUCUUGUGGAUCCAGGAAUUCAAGGUAGCCUUGGAGGAGGAAAAAAUCAACCUGAAGGCGCUUUGUGAGCUCUGCUUUAGUGGAAUCCCUUUUGAAGGAGGAAUACGUGCUCAGUGCUGGAAGAUCCUGUUAAACUACCUGCCCCCGGACCAGUCAUUAUGGGAGUCCUUCUUGAAAAAACAGAGGGAGCUGUACACCCAGUUUCUGAAGGAAAUGAUCAUCCAGCCAGGCAUCGCCAAGGCCAACCUGGGGUUGUCCAGAGAGGACGUGACACUGGAGGACCACCCUCUAAAUCCAAACCCUGACAGCAGAUGGAACAACUACUUCAAAGACAACGAGGUUCUGCUGCAGAUCGAUAAAGAUGUCAGGAGGCUGUAUCCAGACAUGGCCUUCUUCCAGAGGCCCACAGACUACCCAUGCCAGCUCAUCCUCGACCCUCAGAACGAUUACGAAACCCUCCGGCGGCGCGUGGAGCAAACCACCCUUAAAGCUCAGACUGUGGACCGCAACCGCAGCGGAGUCACUAAUGUGAGCUCACCUGGCAAGUCCCUCAACCUGUACCCAUCUAAUGAGUAUGAGGUGCUGCCCAAUGGCUGCGAGGCUCACUGGGAGGUGGUGGAGCGCAUCCUGUUCAUCUAUGCCAAGCUCAACCCGGGCAUCGCCUACGUGCAGGGCAUGAACGAGAUCGUCGGGCCCAUCUACUACACCUUCGCCACGGACCCUAACGACGACUGGAAAGAACAUGCAGAGGCCGACACCUUCUUCUGUUUCACCAACCUGAUGUCGGAGAACCGAGACAUGUUCAUCAAGAGCCUGGACGACUCUCAGUGUGGCAUCACCUACAAGAUGGAGAGCGUCUUCUCCAUGCUCAAAGAGAAGGACAUGGACCUCUACCUUAAGCUGCUAGAGCAGAACAUUAAGCCUCAGUACUUCACCUUCCGCUGGCUGACGCUGCUUCUGUCUCAGGAGUUCCUGCUUCCUGACGUGAUCCGCAUCUGGGAUACGCUCUUCUCCGACCAGGACCGCUUCCACUUCCUCAUCCUCGUCUGCUGUGCCAUGCUCACGUUGAUCCGAGAUCAGUUGUUGGCAGGAGACUUUACAAUAAACAUGAGACUACUUCAGGAUUAUCCCAUAUCUGACGUGCACACCAUCCUCACUAAAGCCAAGGAGCUUCAGGAUGAAUCGUAGCCAUGAUGGUGACCUUUGACCUCCCACCUCCACUGAUCCGUCUGCACAGAGAAGGGAUGCAGGGGUGGGGGGGAGGUAACCAUGGAAACUGGUAACCUGGAUGACAACAGUGCCCUGUCACACCCUGGAAGGAAGAGAGGAGGAUGCCACCAUUGCCGUGCAUUGUGGGAGAAAACAAUACAACAAACAAACAAACAAACAAAGAAAAAUCAUGAUGCUAUGUACGCCUUACCCUCACCGUUGCCACUCUCCCUGCCAGAUUGUGUGUAGGCUUGAGCUAUUUAUUGUUGCACUGAACACUUGAAAAAAAUCCAACACACACAAAGCAGAAGAAACUACAGAGAAACAUGGAGGAAACAGUAUCAUGUUGAACAGUAUGAAAACACUCCACCUUGUUCGUCUUUUUUCCUUUUUAACUCUCAGAAGGUUUUACUUGCUUCUCAACCUCUCUUUGUACGAGGGAGGAUGAUUUAUGUGUUUUACUUCACAUAUAUUACUUUGUGUUUAUUAAGUUUUACUGUGGACUUUAUACAAAGGAAUAUGAGUUCUCUGAUUUUGAAGAUGGGACAACUUGUAUUGAAGUAGAGUUGGUCUCGUACACUUGGUCUGCGAGCGCCUUGGCACCUUGGUGUCUCCAGUGUAUCUGAGUUUGAGAUCAGAGGAGGCGUACAAGUGCUCUUCCCUUUGGUUUUAAGGGAAUGUAGAUUGGGCAGUUGCAAAUCCAUUAGUAACAUGUUCAGGUCCUCCACUUCAGGACCUCCACCGAUCUACUUCACUUCCAUAUUAGCUGAAACCCUAUGCUAACAACAUCAUGUUCCCAUGGCAAUUUUCAAGCACACCAUUUUUAAUUUUUUGCAUAUAUAUUUGGCAAAACGAACUACAAUCACAGAAUACGUUUUUUUAUCUACUAAUAUUUAGUCUGAACUCCUCAACCGUUAGAACGAUUAGAAUAAGUGACCAUGAGCUCGAAAAAAUCCACUGGCACGAGACGUGGGGUGUGAGUGAACAGUGUGAGUUGUUCCUCCACCCCCAUAUUAGCCUGGUUAUGUACAAGCGUAAUGCAUAAUGAUGCCAGCUUAAGUGCUUUUUUGUGAUUGUCUACUUGACAGCUGAAGAAUGUCAUAUCAGACCUUCUGAUUUAGUCUAUAAAAUGUAGUAACUGGUGCCUUGGUCAGCGGAAGGGCACUGUGUUAGUGGUAGAAAUAUUUUCAAAAAUCAAGUAGAUUAGAAAGAAUAAUAGUAAUCUCAGUGUUAAAAGCCAUUAGCAUGGCCCCCUCUAACAUUUCAGUGUGAUUAAAAAUGUAGGGAAAUAUACCAUGAAUAUAAACAUUUACAUUUUACUGCAAGUAGCAUUUCUUGAUUAACGAGAUAUUCCUGUGUUCAUUUGAAUCUUAAUUGUUAUGUUGUGUAUAUACCCAAGAUGGAAAGAAUAGCUAAAUUGAAUGCAAUAACACCACAAUACACUGAACACAAGAGAUCGAAGAGUGGUAAUCAUCUCACUUAGCUUUGUGUAACUUUAUAGUUAUGAGCAUGACUGAAUUAUCAGCUGUACAAUAGCCAUGUGUGAAGUUUGACUUUAAAAACAGAUCAAAGACAGAUCAGUGUUCUCUGGAGUUAACUUGAUCAGUGAGGGCAGCAUUGAUAGCUAAGCCAUACAAGACUCUUUUUUUGUGUUUCCUCCCCAAAACUGAUGAAUUUGACUGGCUUGGCUUGGCACCUUUUGUGCUGGACCGCUAACCAGUGGAAGUGUUUUCAGAUCUAGAGCCACCCACAGCUCCCCUGACUUUGCCAGUAGAGUUUGUGAGGUUCUCCUGAAAGUCACUCAAGCUUUCACUCUCUCUCUCUCUCUCUCUCUUUCUCUCUCUUUAGCUCACGAACUACAGCGGCCCCUUUCUCUCCCUGCUUUGUUAGUCUCUCAUAAAUUUUGGGUCAUGUAUCCUCGGCUGAAGUGGACUUGUCACCCAUUUUCAUUUAGCAUGCUGGUAUUGUCUCUACUGCACACUAGGCGCCUUCAUGCCUCACAAGGCCACAAUGUUGCUCUUUCAGCCAGGCCGGCAGCCAUCAGAGAUGACUUGACUUGGGUGUGUUUUUUUUUUUCUUCUUUUUUGUUGUUGUUGUUGUUAUUGUCUCUUGAGCAAAAUAACCCCGUGGCGUUUGUCACUACUGGUAUGACAGGCCAUGCAGUGAGCAGUUUCUUUCUGUCGAUAUCCUCAUGAUCUCUGCGUAACAGUACUACAACAAUUAGAGGUGUUUUUGGCGGGGCAAGUUGGAUCAAUCCAGAUCCUCAUCUAGGCCCGACACGGUUGCUGGAUUGUUAACAGUGUUUUACACGUUUGUCCCAAACAGAAUUUCAAUGAAGACAAAAAUGAGGCUGGAUGCCUCUUCUCAGUAACCUGGAAGCAGGUCGUGCCAUGUGUUCUGCCAUCUGUGAAUAUGGUUCAUCAUGGGUUGCAUAUGCUACAUUGUGACACUCUCGUCCUUGAAGGACACGGGGAGGAGAGGUGACACGGGGACUUUGGCUUCUUGAGUGUCUCCUGUACUCGGUGGUCAUAUAUGCCCUUUUCACUUCCAGUGUCUGUUCUGUUUACAUGGUAUCAAUAUACGUUUUUUUUUCUGUAAUUGUUUGUCUUAAAUUUAACUUUUAAAUGUUACAUUUUUUUUAACAUAUUUUAUGUUUUACUUAUUUGUAAACAUUAAUGGCUUUGACAUAGUGUUGGUUGAGACAUCUCCAUUUCUAUGAAGGCAUAAAUCAUUAUGGUACUGUCUCAGACAGUUACAUACCUAGCUGUCAGCCUUCUCUCAGUUAUUUUCCACCCUUUGAGUCUUCCUCAUCUCAAACUUGUCUCGUUCAAACCUUUCAUCCGAUUACACAACGUUAUUUGCUCUUCAUGAUAUUUGCUGUAUGGUUGCCGUUUGAAUCGAUUGCCUGUAUUGGGAAUGUGAGAGGCCUGUAGGGCAACACAACCUGACCGUUUUCACUCUUCCCGUUCGCGGUUUCGUCCAGUUUAUGUUUGGCCAGUGGUUGCGUAACCUCACCCGUUUUUAAGGUUGCAUGGGCCUUUUGUUGUGGGGAUGGGCCGUGUAUAUCCACUUUACAAUGAGGCUGGCCGCUGGGUGGAUGGUUGCCAUUCCGCAGCCAGGAAAAGCAGAAGCAUAAUGCCGUCGAUUGUUUGGCCCUACCUCGCCGAGAGCGUUAUUAGAAGUCCCAAGCAUCCUCUCCUGCGCAUGGUCAGGGUGUCUGCUCGUCCGUGUCUGCUGAGACGAGGCGUUUCGGUUAGAUUGUUUUCAGCCGUUAUCAGCCACGUGACUCUUAAGCACGGGAUUGGUUUUCCUCAAGGUUAUUUAUGGCACCUUAACGUCAAUGCCAAGGUCACAAUGUAUCUCUCAACCGUCUUCCUGGCCUCACUGAAAUGCGCUCUCUCUCUCUCUCUCUCUGACACUGAUUCACUCUCUCCCCCUUUCAACCACACUAGAUUAAUCAUCACGGUGUCUCUUCUUGGCCUUCUUGUUUCUCUCCUUCCGUCUUGCCUCCCUCUCCCUCCCUGUUCUCCUGGCAGACGUGUGUUAGCACUCUGUUUGUUCUUCUCCACCUCCUCAGGCUGGUUGCGUAAGACCACAGGGCUGCCUCAAACCCUGAUGAUUAACACAUGUUGGAGAGCCGUGUGUUUGGGCUGUGCUGCUCUGCAGCGCGGGGGAAGGAACAUGUGGCACUGUGGCAGACAGAGGGCAAAGCUGGCAUGUGGGGGGGGGGGGG